GGUGUUGGCGGGGCAGAGCUGUGAUCUCCACUUAUACUAGUCUCUAGUACAAGUACAACGCAGUCUGUUUUGUUUAAUGGACUGCUGAAUUGGGAAUUAUUGCAGACCCAACAGUACAGCACUGCUCACUGCUUCAUCUAUUACUAGUUUAAAUUGGACUUUUAAUAUCCUGCCAGCUGCUCUUCACACACACAUGGUGCAUUGUUGCCAUUCUCAGAAUUGCAUCUUUGAAACCCAGACCCUCAGUAACCUUCAUCGAACAAAGAGGCAGCCUCCUGAAUACGUUUGUAGAGGGAUUUUUUGGACCUGCUGCCCUCUAGCUUUCUUGCUGGUGCUGUAUUUCUAAGACACUAUGGAGCCCAGUAUGGAGUAUUGCUUAGCGCAGGUGCUGCAGAAAGAUGUUGGAAAGAGGCUUCAAGUUGGCCAGGAACUGAUAGAUUACUUCUCAGAUAAACAGAAGUCAGCUGAUCUUGAACACGAUCAGACUAUGUUGGACAAAAUGGUUGAUGGACUGGCCACAUCUUGGGUAAAUUCCAGUAACUAUAAGGUGGUUCUCCUGGGCAUGGACAUCCUUUCUGCACUGGUGUCACGCUUGCAAGAUCGCUUCAAGGCACAGAUUGGCACAGUGCUGCCGAGUUUACUUGAUAGGCUGGGAGACUCUAAAGACUUAGUGCGGGAGCAGGAUCAGACCUUGCUGCUGAAAAUUAUGGAACAAGCUGCUAAUCCUCAGUACGUGUGGGAUAGAAUGCUAGGAGGAUUCAAACACAAGAAUUUCCGGACAAGAGAAGGGAUUUGCCUCUGCCUUAUUGCAACACUCAAUGCAUCUGGAGCUCAGAGUUUAACACUGAGUAAGAUAGUGCCACAUAUAUGUAACUUACUUGGAGAUCCGAACAGCCAGGUUCGAGAUGCAGCAAUAAACAGCCUUGUGGAAAUUUACAGACAUGUUGGUGAACGUGUAAGGGCUGAUCUCAGUAAAAAAGGACUGCCCCAGUCUCGGUUGAAUGUAAUUUUUACAAAAUUCGACGAAGUCCAAAAAUCUGGAAACAUGAUCCAGAGCUCAAGUGAUAAAAAUUUUGAUGAUGAAGACUCCGUGGACGGGAACAGACCUUCCUCAGCUAGCUCCUCUACAUCCUCAAAGGCCCCCGCAAAUUCACGCAGAGUUGGGAUGGGGACUGCCCGCAGACUUGGGUCUGCAGCUCUGGGCUCGAAGUCUUCAACAGCCAAAGAGGGAGCAGGUGCUGUGGAUGAGGAAGACUUCAUUAAAGCAUUUGAGGAUGUCCCAACAGUUCAGAUCUAUUCCAGCCGAGAUCUUGAGGAAUCCAUUAACAAAAUAAGAGAGAUACUGUCGGAUGAUAAGCAUGACUGGGAGCAGAGAGUAUCUGCUCUGAAGAAGAUCCGCUCCUUACUCUUGGCUGGAGCUGCAGAAUAUGACAACUUCUUCCAACACUUACGACUUCUGGAUGGAGCGUUUAAAUUAUCCGCUAAAGACCUGCGAUCUCAGGUAGUGCGUGAGGCUUGUAUCACAUUGGGACAUUUGUCAUCGGUUUUGGGAAACAAGUUUGACCAUGGGGCAGAAGCCAUCAUGCCAACGAUUUUUAAUCUAAUUCCCAAUAGUGCCAAAGUCAUGGCCACUUCUGGUGUUGUAGCAGUUAGAUUAAUCAUUCGACAUACGCACAUCCCUCGACUAAUACCCAUCAUAACCAGUAAUUGUACCUCCAAGUCUGUUGCCGUUAGAAGGCGCUGUUUUGAAUUUUUAGACUUGCUGUUGCAGGAAUGGCAGACUCAUUCCCUAGAAAGACACAUAUCAGUGUUAGCUGAAACGAUAAAGAAGGGAAUCCACGAUGCGGACUCUGAAGCCAGGAUAGAGGCAAGAAAAUGUUACUGGGGUUUUCAUGGUCACUUCAGCCGAGAGGCAGAACACUUGUAUCACACCCUGGAAUCCUCCUACCAGAAGGCCCUGCAGUCCCAUUUGAAGAACUCUGACAGCAUUGUGUCCUUGCCGCAGUCGGAUCGCUCCUCUUCUAGCUCCCAGGAGAGUCUCAACCGUCCACUGUCUGCUAAAAGAAGUCCUACUGGAAGCACUGCAUCUAGAGCAUCUACAGUAAGUACGAAAUCUGUGUCAACACCAGGAUCUCUGCAGCGAUCCCGCAGUGACGUUGAUGUGAAUGCAGCAGCUAGUGCCAAGUCAAAAGUGACAUCUGGAGCAUCUACCCCCUUCAGUUCUGCCGCAGCCUUGCCCCCAGGCUCAUAUGCAUCCCUAGAUGGUACUACCACUAAAACUGAGGGUCGGAUUCGUACAAGGAGACAGAGCUCUGGCAGUGCCACAAGCGUCACCUCAACGCCUGCUGACACCCGAGGCCGCAGCCGGGCUAAAGUAGUUUCACAGUCCCAGCGAUCCAGAUCAGCUAAUCCUGCUGGUGCUGGCAGCCGGUCUAGUUCUCCGGGUAAACUGUUAGGAAGCGCCUAUGGCGGCCUGAGCAGUGGAACGUCCAGAGUCCAGCCAGUUCCAUCAUCGUCAGAAAAACGCAGCAAGAUCCCUCGGAGCCAGGGAUGCAGUCGAGAGACGAGUCCCAACAGGAUAGGACUAGCACGGAGCAGUCGCAUCCCCCGACCCAGCAUGAGUCAGGGGUGCAGCCGCGAUACCAGCCGUGAGAGCAGUCGAGAUACAAGCCCUGCUCGGGGCUUUCCUCCACUUGCUUCUCGACGUCAUUCCAGGUCCACUAGUGCUCUCUCCACUGCUGAUUCUGUUGGGCAGUCAGACCGGUUUGGGCUCGGACAGCCAGGCAGGAUGCCUGCUUCCGUGAAUGCCAUGCGAGUCCUGAGCACAAGCACAGAUCUGGAGGCUGCCGUGGCCGAUGCACUGCUGUUAGGAGACUCCAGGAGCAAGAAAAAGCCUGUGAGAAGAAGAUAUGAACCCUAUGGGAUGUACUCCGAUGAUGAUGCUAAUAGUGAUGCAUCAAGCGCUUGCUCUGAGCGCUCUUAUGGCUCCAGGAACGGGGGCAUUCCACACUACCUGCGACAGACUGAAGAUGUAGCCGAGGUCUUGAACCACUGUGCCAGCUCCAACUGGUCUGAAAGAAAAGAAGGGCUCAUAGGUCUUCAGAACUUACUGAAAAGCCAGCGGACACUGAGCCGAGUCGAGUUAAAAAGGCUGUGCGAAAUAUUUACUCGCAUGUUUGCUGACCCUCACAGCAAGAGAGUCUUCAGCAUGUUUCUGGAAACCCUGGUUGAUUUCAUCAUCAUUCAUAAAGAUGACUUGCAGGACUGGCUUUUUGUUCUCCUGACACAGUUGCUAAAGAAAAUGGGAGCAGAUUUGCUGGGGUCUGUACAGGCAAAAGUUCAGAAAGCUCUGGAUGUCACAAGGGAUUCUUUUCCAUUUGAUCAACAAUUUAACAUUUUGAUGAGGUUUAUUGUAGAUCAGACCCAAACACCAAACCUCAAGGUGAAAGUUGCUAUCCUGAAGUAUAUUGAGUCCCUGGCAAGACAGAUGGAUCCAACAGACUUUGUGAACUCCAGUGAGACAAGACUUGCUGUAUCUAGAAUUAUAACUUGGACAACAGAACCAAAGAGCUCAGACGUGAGAAAGGCAGCACAAAUAGUCCUGAUUUCUCUCUUUGAAUUGAACACGCCUGAGUUUACCAUGUUACUCGGUGCCUUGCCAAAAACAUUCCAGGACGGUGCUACCAAGCUCCUGCACAACCACCUCAAGAACUCCAGUAACACCAGUGUGGGUUCCCCCAGCAAUACCCUUGGUCGGACUCCUUCCCGGCACUCCAGCAGCAGAACUAGCCCCUUAACUUCACCAACCAACUGUUCCCAUGGUGGACUGUCUCCAAGUCGGUUCUGGGGUUGGAGUGCAGACGGGCUGUCGAAGCACCCCCCUCCCCUUUCUCAGCCUAACUCCAUCCCCACUGCUCCUUCCCACAAGACUUUCAGACGCUCUUACUCUCCCAGUAUGCUGGAUUAUGACACGGAGAACCUAAAUUCUGAUGAAAUCUACAGCUCUCUUCGUGGAGUCACAGAAGCAAUUGAAAAAUUUAGUUUCCGUAGUCAAGAGGACCUGAAUGAGCCAAUCAAACGUGAUGGAAAGAAAGACUGUGACAUUGUGUCUCGAGAUGGUGGCCUCGCGGUGCCUGCCAGUGAUGUCCGCGGCGGCAGUGACAUUGUGGAAGGGGGCAGGAUGGCUCUAGAUAACAAAACCUCCCUUCUUAACACCCAGCCUCCCCGCGCCUUUUCAGGACCCCGUGCUCGAGAGUACAACCCCUACCCUUAUUCCGACACGAUUAACACUUAUGACAAGACUGCCCUGAAGGAGGCAGUGUUUGAUGAUGACAUGGAUCAGCUUCGGGAUGAAGUACCCAUUGACCAUUCUGAUUUGGUGGCUGAUCUUCUGAAAGAGCUCUCUAACCACAAUGAGCGAGUGGAGGAGCGGAAAGGAGCCCUCCUGGAACUGCUGAAGAUCACGCGGGAAGAUAAUCUUGGAGUCUGGGAGGAGCAUUUCAAAACUAUUCUGCUCUUGUUGCUGGAAACACUUGGAGACAAAGAUCAUUCGAUAAGAGCCCUGGCACUAAGAGUCCUGAGGGAGAUCUUACGGAAUCAGCCAGCCAGGUUCAAGAACUAUGCUGAGUUGACCAUCAUGAAAACACUGGAAGCACAUAAGGAUUCCCACAAGGAGGUCGUCAGAGCUGCUGAGGAAGCUGCUUCUACCCUGGCUAGUUCCAUCCACCCGGAGCAGUGCAUCAAAGUGCUUUGCCCCAUCAUUCAAACUGCAGAUUAUCCAAUUAACUUAGCUGCCAUCAAAAUGCAGACAAAAGUCAUUGAGAGGAUUUCUAAGGAAUCGUUGCAUCAGCUCCUUCCUGAUAUUAUUCCUGGAUUGUUACAGGGUUAUGAUAAUACGGAGAGCAGUGUCCGUAAAGCUAGUGUGUUUUGCCUAGUGGCAAUUUAUUCGGUAAUUGGAGAAGAACUGAAACCUCAUCUCGCACAACUCACGGGAAGCAAGAUGAAGCUACUAAACUUGUACAUAAAGAGGGCCCAGACUACCAAUAGCAACAGCAGUUCCUCUUCAGAUGUUUCAACGCACAGUUAAUGAAGAUAUCUGGACAUGUGUAGACUUAGAAGCAAUCAGCGGUGCCUCUCAGAGACCUUUCUGCUACUCUUACUUCACUGGCGCACUCCAUCAGCUUAAGGAGGCCAUGCAGAUAUUUAUUGCAAUCAGUAUUUUAGUCCCUUGAAGCUUUUAUGUAGAAUCUUAUUGGUAUUGAAUGUAAAGGAAGCAAGGUCUGUGUUGCAGUCUUCAUUUUAAAAAAAAAAAAAGAAAAAGAAAAAGUGAACAACAGAAAGCCAUACUUAAACAUAUUUGUAUAGCCUGCUGAAAUCUCUGAAAUAUGUUUAGGUUAGUUUUCCAAAACAGAGUCCCAAAAAGUGGACACGCAUAAAGGUCAAACAAAUCUUGUUAUUUUAGUUUACGCUCAGUUUUGGUUUCUGUGCGCUAGUUACGUGCUCUCUCCCUGUGACUUUGGCCGUGCCGGCUGGAUUCUCCUCUCCUUACCAGUCUCUUGCGAUCCCGUUUUGUCCGUCCUCCUUGCAGCCUGCCUGACAUGCAGGAUCCUCCAUGAGGAGAUCUUUGCAGCUAGGGCUGUGGUUCCAGCCUCCGAUGCUUUAAUACUGAGAGAUAGCAAAUGAGUAAUGAAAAAGUAGGUUCUUUUUAAACAUCUGAGUUUUGUACAUAGUUCUGACAGACCUCUCAUGGGCUGAUUUCUCUGCAUCUGCUUUCCAGCCAGCUGUACUUUGUGAAACAGCUGGGCUCUUGCUACUUUCAUUGACUUUGUAAAUAUUUUCCCUCUUCCCACCCGACUCUUUCUCCUGUGCUCAAAAGGCAUGUCAGGUGACCUGUAACUCCUCAUCAAAGGGAGCUGGAGACACGGCUCUAGGACUGAUGCCUGUGAUCUGACACUGGAGUUUGGGUGUUGUGUUGGGCUUUGAGCACACCCGUGGGUUGCAAUCAGAGCUGGCAAGGCUGGAUCUUAGUGCUGCCUUGCAAGGCAAGCUGUAUUUUUGCUGAAGUCUGUAGCGUUAAAGGGCUGACCUGCCGCUGUGACCAGACCCGUUGGUGUCGGGUGGUAAGUGGUCUUGUUCAUCCCUGCUACUCCUGUGUGCUGUGGGCAAAUUGUUCACCCCAGAGGACAGAAAGGGAAUCUUAAACUGGACAAAAUGCCCCUGUGGAAGUGCCCGCUGUGGGGGUUGGCUGGACUAGUGCCAGUUGCCUGCUACAGCUCCCCUCCUGUGCCUGAAGAGCCUGCAGUGCUGUUGCCUACCUUCAGAAACCUGCUCCUUCCCGGCCAGCCCCACACACUCCUGCUGGGUGCUUAGCGCUUCAGAGGAGUGUGCAGCACCCUCGCGGGGGCUUCAGCAGGGUGCUCUGGGCGCCAUCCUAGCUGAGGGCACCUCUGGGGACAGAUCCUUUCACAAACUGAGCGAGAUGAAGUUGGAAACAAAGCAGCAACCGUUGAAUGCCCUGUGGCACCAUCCUCUACCGACAGGAGAGCCUCCUGUCUGCAGAGGGUGAGCUCCCCUGCUGCUGCUGUAACCUGGAGGAAGCAGGAGAACGUGUGCGCUGCGUUUGGUCCCGGGCUGGAUCCUGGCUGAUGGAGAGGCCUACCCUGACCUGGGGUGGGUCAGAACUGGGUUUUGCUCCUAGAGCCAGCAGCAUGAGAAGAUGGACCUGCAGGACAUAUGUGCUCCCUGGCUGCUCCUGGUGCCCUGGUCUCCUUCCAGCCCUCCCCGGGGGGAGCUGAAGGGCCACCUCAGCAGCAUACAGGCAACAUGAGCGUCUGGUACUGCAGCAGGGAGGCUGAAGGCCUGCUGUCCUCCCGUCCCAUCCAUCUGUGCCUGGGUGGCUGAGCACCAGUCCACUGCACCCCCCAAGGAGCUGUGCUGGUAGGUGCUCUGCGGCACCCGCUCCCCUCCGAGUACCCAGCUCUGGCGGGGCUGGGCAGGAUGGGCCUGCGGAGCUUUUUGGCCCCUUUCCCUGCCAAAGUGAGAGCAGGAGAGGUGACCUGCUCCUGAGUUUCUCAGGACGUGUCCAGGCUUUCACUAGCUGCAGGGCUAAUUCCCUCAUCUUUCCUGAUGCAUAAUGCUACAACAGGAGUAAACUGUUGUGACCCUGGUGUGUGGGAUUCCCCCAAGGUCUUCCUGCAGGCUCGAUAAAGCCAUCCCCGCUAGAGGAGGCCGUUGCGAUUACGUUGGCUGCUCCGUGGUCAGUGUCGCCCUUUCUGUGGACCAUUCUUUACCAUCAUCUUUCAGUACGCUUGUUAGAAUUUUUUUUUUUGAAUAAUUGAAAUUAUUUUAGUUUAACAUGAAUUUAUUUUUCCUUUUGAGGAAAUAUUCAGCUGACAUGUUGGCAGCAGUUAGCUGUCUUGUUUGAAUUUUUAUUAGUUUUUUUUUUUUUUUAUUUGUGCUCUAACUGCUCAGUAUUUAUGCCUCUCUUUCUCCCCAUCUCAGUUAAGCAUCUUCUGCCCCAGUCCUGGGGUUCAGAAGGUCGGCAUAGCUGCCUGGAUGGCAUUUAGCCCCUUCCAGCUGUGGUGGAUCUUGUUCCAUCACUGCUUGCUUUUUGUUUGUUUUUGAAUGGCACACUGUAGCAAGUCUCCAGGAAUUGAAUUCCUUCCCCAGUGUUUUUAUAUAUUUUAUAAAAUCCUGUUAGUAUGCACUGAAAGUGAACGCACUGUAAUUAAUGUCCCUGAACUGACCCUAGCACGUGCGCUGACACUACAGUAGGAAUUAACAGCUCAUCCUUCAGAAAUACGUGUGAAAUCUGCUGCUGCUGCUUUGAGACUCCAGGGAUGAGCAUGUAUUUUUCAGAAACUAUUGGCACAUUUGGGGCUGCAAAUGGUAGAACCAGGCCUUACUUUCUUGAUCAGAUUCUGUUCUGUUUGUCAACAGAUGCUCAUUAGUGUGUUACUUUAUUUCUUUACAUGAGUCAAUCAAGGACUGUUCAUCCUUUGAGUACUCUAGAAGUCUGUUAUACCUGUAUACAGUAGAGAGCGUUCUGCUUAGGUAUUUAUAAAUCAUUUGCGUAUAAUGUACAUAGUUGUUUAGUAUGUUGAACAUGACUUGAUUUUUUUUUUUUCCUUUCCUUUGAAGUACUCAAAGGGCUAGCUCUGAAUGUCACCUCUCUGAUCUGCAGUGUUCUGAUUUCUGAAAGCUGUACAAUCACUUUGUUUUUUCUUUAGCAAGCAUAAAGGUCUCUCUGGCUACAAAUCAGACAGUAUCCACGCACGUUUGCAGAGGAAGAUCUGCAUGCUGGCAGUGCCUCACCGUGACGGUGGAGCUUGUGUUCAUGUUUUCCCAGCAGUAGCCACCUACUGCAGCUGCCUUUUUUUUUUUUCUUGCUGCCCAUUAUGUAGGGCUUUGAUUUUUCGUAUCUUUAAAAAAAAGAAAAAAAAAAGAAAAAAAAUUAUUUGCCCACCAUGCUUAAGAAGUCUGAAUGGGAGAAAACUCUCAGCAGACAGUGGCUCCUGGCUGUAAGGUUGCCGAAAUCUCAGAUGUGGAUGUUUUUUCUGCCAUUGGCUGCACCAGUGCUCCGUGGGCAUGGGCAAAUAACGGAUACAUCUGCCCCCACAGUCCUACGUACUAUAGUUCUCAUGUAGUGCAGAAUUAUCGAGGCAUGUGGCUUUCUUAAGGUACACUAUGUGUGCUUGCCUGAAUUACAAUACAAUACAAGACUGUCUUUUUUUAUUGCUUAUUACUAGCUUACCAAUAACCUGUAUAAGUAAUGUAACUCCCAUCUUUGUCAUCGAAACCUUUUCUCCCCACCCCUUUAUUUAUCAAGCAUAAUAUUACAUAUUAAGGGACAGAAAAAUAGAUCUUUGUAGAGUACAGCAGGAUGUUGCUAACAAUAAUGUUUUAAAUGGGAAGUAAAAACUGCUCUGAAAAAUGCCAGCCAUAAAAAAUGAUUUUGUUGGCACUGUGUUCAUGCGCAUGUAUUUUUUUCUAUUUUUCCGCUUUUGUCAUGUUACAUCCAUAUCUGUAUUUAUAUCUUAUUUGUUUCACUUUUGAGUGUAUCAUGGCAAUUGUACAGAUGUUUUUGUUAACAUUUAUGUGAUAGAAUUUGCUAAAAAAAAAAAAAAAAAAAAAUUAAAACCUUUUGAGUUUGCCCUAGAA